GUUGUCAACAGCAGCUGCUUGAAGUAUGUGGAUAAUUCGAAUUGGAUAAUUUAUCUCGAUUGGAUACGAGCUAGCGUAACUUAAAUAUUAGACUAAUUAGUACAUAUUAUCUCAAAUGUGGUAACGAUGCGGUGUUUGAUUUUGUUAGUUUGUCUUUCGCUAAGCGUAAAAGCAUGGGACGAGGACGAUUUGGAAGUUUUCGACGUGGUGGAAGAAGUUAAUCAAAAUUUCUAUGAAUUAAUUGGAGUUUCUCCGGAAGCAUCAGCUCAAGAAAUAAAAACUGCAUUUAAAAAAUUAACAUUAAAAUUACAUCCAGAUAAGAAUGAUGCCCCUGAUGCUGAUGUUCAAUUUAGAAACUUGGUCUCGGUUCAUAAUGUGCUAAAAGAUCCAGGAAAGAGAGAAAAGUAUAAUGAGGUACUCAAAAAUGGUCUUCCUAACUGGAGAUCAGCCAUAUACUAUUACCGGCAUGUUAGAAAAAUGGGCCUGGCUGAAGGAUCUAUUAUAUUAUUUAUUAUCAUCACAUUUGGUCAGUAUUUGGUUGGUUGGGCUGCAUAUAUAGAGAAAAAAUACACUGCAGAACAAAUAUUAAACUCGAGAGGUAGAAAACAAAAAAGGUCAGGCUUUGAGACAGGCAUAGCUGAAAUAUUAGAUCAAUUACCAAAGCCAAGUGUAAAGGACACAUUACCCUUCCAAAUACCAAGGGCAGUAUGGUGGUCUAUUACUGCUGUGCCAUCGGUAAUAGCAGCUUAUAAGGAGAGGAAAAAGCAGGAGCUUGAAGAAGAAAAAAGGAGAAAAAAAAAAGAGGAGGAAGACAAAGCCCGUGAAGAACGUGAAGCAGCGCUGGCAGAGACUCGAGCCGCUAGUGGGCCAAGGCGACGACGCGGUUUUGUUCCCCGGGAAAGAGAAUGUGUUCUAGAUCCUGUGGAUGAACCGGAGAACGAAUAUGAAACUGUGAAACCUAUGAAAGAGCCAGCACCGCCAGUUAUCACAGGCGGGCUUUGGACAGACGAUGAUCUGGUAGAGUUAGUCAGACUUGUGAAGAAAUAUCCACCCGGUGCACCAGAGCGUUGGGAACGAAUAGCAGACAGUAUGGGCCGAUCUGUGCCGGAAGUGACGCAUAUGGCCGCUAAAUUAAAGGAAAAUUGUUAUAAGCUACCUGCUCAAGAGACACCGGAAGUGCCACCGGAACCACCUAAAAAGGUGAAAACCCGUAAGACGGACGACGUGUCGGCCAGUUCAUUAAGCAAUUGGUCCCAAACCCAACAGAAAGCGUUGGAAGUUUCGUUAGCCAAAUACCCCAAAGGUGGGGCAGGAGAUCGAUGGCAGAAAAUCGCUAAUAAUGUUCCAGGGAAAACUAAAGAAGAGUGUAUGCAGCGGUGUAAAUAUUUAUCGGACAUGCUCAAAAAGCAGCAGAAACAAAAAGAGGAGGAAGAACAGAAUGGAGAUGAUGGCUCCAGUCCUACAGAUUCUUCAGAUAAAGCCACACCCCAAGAAGAUGAACCUCUAUUGUGAUGUGAUGUUAAGAAUUAUUCUAAUCGAAAUACCUUAGAAAAUAAUAUUGCGAAUUUUAUAUAAUAUCAUUGUGUAUCAAUUUUAGAUACAACUACACGUCAGUUAAUAAAAUAAAUCCAAGUUUUCCAUGAAAUUAUAUAAA